UGGAAAAUUUAACUAAACUUGGUUUAUCAGAAACUCAGAAUCUAUCCUCACUGGUAGGUUUAGAUCUAAGCCAAAACGAUAUGCGUCAUAUACCUGCUGCUAUUACUCAACUUUGUAAUAUGAGAUACCUUAAUAUCAGUCACUGCAACAUGCUUGAAGAAAUUCCAGAGCUUCCAUCAAGUCUAAGAGAAAUCGAUGCACAUGAUUGCGCAAGCCUAGGAAAUCUGUCAAAUCCAUCCACACUUCUCUGUUCUCUCCUCAAAUGGCUCAAGAAAGUUGAGCCUCCUUCGCAAGGGAAACUAAUUGAUCUAGGAAGUCAUGGAAUUCCAGGGUGGGUACUACAUCAGGAAAUGGGAAGACAAAUAAGAAUAGAGUUCCCUAUGAAUUGGUAUGAAGAUGACCAGUUCCUCGGAUUUGCAUUUUUCUUUCUUCAUCCACUAAAAUCACAUUUAGGUUUAUCUUUCAAAUUUGAUGAAGAAGAAUAUGCUUACAAGGGAGUAUAUAGUCCUUUUUGUGUGUGCAAUGAGAUUAAUGGUAAUGAGGAUAAACUAAGCCUGGUGUACUAUCCUAAGACUACUAUUCGAGACAAGUUCCACUCCAGCCAAUAUAUGGACCUUGAGGUUUCAUUUUUUGGUUCUAAUUUUGGUAGCCAGAAUAAAACCAAAAGUUGCGGGGUCUAUUUUAUAUACUCUCAAGAUCAUCAACAGAAUCAUAACUCGUUAGAUUUUCCUGAGAAUUCUGGUGACAACAAAUCAACAGCAAAGGACAUUAAAAGAAGCCAUGAUGAUGCAACACAUAACCAAGCAGAGGAGCCAUACCAUAAAAGAUUGAGAGAAUCUAACACCCAUCUCAAGUUUUAAACUCAGUCACCAGGUA